AUGGUUAGAACUUAUGUUCGGAAGACGACAAGACAACAAUGGGAUUCAAAUUCAAUGAAACUUGCCUUGCAAAAUAUUUCUAACGGUAUGCCUUUUAAAAGAGCUGCUAGGAUUUAUAAUCUGCCUUUAAGUACUUUAAAAAGAAGGGCCAAAAAUCAAAAUGUAUUGGCAACAGGUUAUUCGAAAAUACUUGGUCGAUUCACUACAACAUUGCCCGAAAAAUUGGAGACUUCCUUAAAGGAGUAUCUUUUAGAUAUGGAAGACCGACUAUUUGAUGAUUCAGAGGAGUGGGAAGCUAGUGGAAAAUCUUCAGAUGAUGUCAGCCUUUUUGGAAACAGUCCGGAGGAAUUAUCGGACAAUGAAACUUUAGUCACUGCAGCUUCAAAUCCGGAAGUUGUUGCUUCAAAUUAUAAAAUUGACGUUACAAGCUCCGUAGUUGGUAAUUCAAUCCCAAUUUCCGAAGUUAGCACUUCAAAACAAAAUGAAAUUCCAUCAUUGCUGGACGAUACUUUUGUAACUCCAUAUGAUAUAUCUCCACUACCUCAGGCACCUCCUCAGACAAGGAGUUCAAGGCAUUCGCAAGGAUCGACUGUUUUCACCUCCACACCAAAUUAUUUUUUGAUGAAAGCAAAACAAAAAACACCCAAGCCAACUUCACAAUCAGCUAGAAUAGCUGUAAGCAAAAAGGUGUUUGGAAAAAAAGAAAAUAAGAGAUUUGACGAUGAUGAAGAUGACGUUGCCUGUAUAUUUUGCUCGGAAUUAUUCAGUAAAUCGCAGGCGAAGGAGGUUUGGAUCAAGUGCAGUUUGUGCAAUAAAUGGUGUCAUUUAUUGUGUGCGGGUGUAACUGGAAAGCAGAAAUUUAUUGAUAUGGGUGUAUUUUUUGUACUGAUAUGGCCGCUGAUCAUUUCUACAGUAAAUGGUGGAUGGUUCGAUGGUUUGUUCCGAAAACGUGAAAUCGAGCAAGAAGUUUCAAAUGCUUUAGCUUUAGAAGACAAUAGAAAUGCCAGAUUUCUAUCGUUAUUUACUUACGUGCAGUUGCUAAAUCCAGAGUGUAUCACCGCAGAUGGAAGUUACGGAACUUGUCUCGGAGCACAGGACUGUGCACAGCGGAGGGGAACGGUCAGUGGUCCGUGCGCCCGUGGUUAUGGAGUUUGCUGUGUUUUUAUGGCGACAUGCGGACAAACGAUAAGAGAGAAUGGCACUUACUUCGUGAAUAAUGAAUACCCCAAUCAGUACGAUGGCACUGGAUCCUGUCAACUUACUUUGAUUAAAUCCAGCCCGGAUGUCUGUCAAUUCAGGCUUAACUUUGAAGAACUAAACCUAAUGCAACCAGAAUCUGUCAAUCAUAUAUGUGAUAAUGACCAGUUUCUGGUUUCCGGUGGAAAUCCUGUCCCAGUGAUUUGUGGGAAUAAUAUGGGUAACCAUAUGUAUAUAAGUACUCCUCCUGGAAUAAUAUCACCCCUAACUCUUUCUGUAGUUACAAGCGGACAAUCUUAUGAAAGGAAUUGGAAAAUUAGGAUUCUACAGAUUCCAUGCAACGCGCCUUACAAAGCUGGAGAGGGAUGUUUGCAGUACUUCACGGGAGUCGCAGGUCAAAUUCUGUCCUAUAACUAUGAUCCGCAAACUGGAGCGCAACUCUCGAAUCAGGACUACAGCAUUUGCAUCAGGCCCGAGUGGAAUUUUUGUGGGAUUCAGUAUACGCAGUGUCCUAAUGAAGAUCCAGCUAGCCCUAGAAACCUGUCGUUCACCCUUACUGGAAAUUCCAAUAAUCGAGUACCAUCGAUGGUAGGUAGUACAGGUCAGUCCAACUUCUGCCAAUCUGACUAUUUAAUUAUUCCUAUGGCUUCGAAUGUUGGUAGAGUGACAGCGAAUCCCCCAACUUCCGUAGAUCGAAUAUGUGGAGGAGUACUAGCAGCUGAUAUUAGUUCCACGCCCACUACUGUUAGAAGUACAGUCAAACCCUUUCAACUCUACUUCCACGCAGAUGGCUUGGAAGCCCCAAACGACGUAGACAAUAAAGGCUUCUGCCUCAACUAUAUCCAAGUUCCUUGUGCAAGCGCCUUUACCUAACCGAUCGGAGGCAAAUACUAAUUAUAUCAUACCUCAAACUCCAUCUUUAGAUCAUUUAAUUAAAUAUUCUGUAUAUACCGCUAUUCCCAGGAUGCAUUGUUUAUUUAAAUACAUAAAGCUUAGUCGAGAGA